AUGAACGAGGACGACAGGAGACUAGAAGACGCCGAACGCGAUGCCAGUCCGGAUAGAUUCGAAAUAUGGAGUGGCCUCAGACCAGCCAGGACAUUGACCUAUGCUGAGAAAGUGGCCAGACGAGACACUCUUUCCAGAACAGUGACCGGUGUAAGCUCUGCGAGCUCAGGAUCAUCAUCCUCUGGAGAGCCCGUGGAGAUGGAGGAAAUGAACAUCAACCGGAUGCCAACUCAGAGAGAUGACGUUGCCGAUUUGGAGCGCCAUCCAACAGCUCUUAGCAGAAUACAGACUGAAAGAAGUCAACACAGCGCAACAGUAGGAGCCAGUCUGCGGAGUCGAACAGUGAGCAGGCAUACAAAAACUCCUCUCCCAGCGUUUGGAGGCGGCAAGCAAUAUCCCCCGGGGCUACCGGAGCGGGAGGAGUAUGUUGUAGAAUUUGAUGGGCCUAACGAUCCUCUACAUGCGCAAAACUGGCCUUUGAGGAAGAAGCUUCCGGUGGCGCUUGUUCUGGGGUUUGUAACGCUGGUGGCGGCGUUUGGAUCUUCCAUCUUUUCCACGGCUACGACUGCGAUAGCGGAGGAGUUCGGAUUCUCAAGAGAGGUCGGGAUUUUGGGAGUGUCGCUCUACGUGCUGUAAGGAAGAGGCAGUGGUCACCAGGGUUCGAAGGAAGUCGCUAACACAUUCGCAGUGGGUUUGCAACGGGUCCGAUAGUAUGGGCCCCGUUCUCCGAGCUUUAUGGACGCAAGGUACCUCUUCUUGUGUCUUCUUUUGGCUUUUCGAUCUUCAACAUCGCGGUCGCUGUAGGCAAGGAUGCUCAGACGGUCUUUAUCUGUCGAUUCUUCGCAGGCUUCAUGGGUGCCUGCCCCCUGACUUGUGUUGGUGCUGUCUUUGCCGAUAUGUUCUCCAACCGCCAAAGAGGGCUCGCAAUUACUGUGUUUAGUAUGACCGUCUUCGCAGGACCACUGCUGGCACCAUUCGUCGGCGGCUUCAUUACAACAUCUUAUUUGGGUUGGAGAUGGACUGAAUACAUCACCGCGAUCAUGGGGUUCUUGGGUCUAGGGCUGUCCCUUUUGUUCUUAGAGGAAACAUAUCCACCUGUCAUCCUCGUGAACAAGGCCGCUGAUCUCCGCCGGAGAACUAAGAACUGGGGUAUCCACGCGAAGCAGGAAGAGAUUGAGGUCGACCUGAGGGAGCUGUUCGAGAGGAACCUGAGUCGACCAAUCAGGAUGCUGUUCACCGAGCCGAUCGUGCUUCUCAUCUCCAUCUACAUGGCCUUCAUCUAUGGGCUUCUGUAUUUGUUCUUGUAAGUCAUUUACCCGGGUUUGCCAGCGUCCUAGAUGACUAACAGCUUUCAGGACCUUCUACCCCAUCGUUUUCCAGCAAAUCCAUGGCUUCAAUGCUGGCGUGGGAGGUCUCCCCUUCUUCGGCAUGAUAGUGGGCGAGAUGCUCAGUGGUGUCUACAUGAUCAUUCUUCAGCCUUCAUACAACAGAAAGCUUGCCGCAAACAACAAUAUGCCGGUACCAGAGUGGCGUCUUCCGCCAGUCAUUGUAGGAGGAAUUUCUUUUGCAAUUGGCUUAUUCUGGUUUGGAUGGUGAGUUGCCUCCGAAUCUCGAAAUCUUUCCCAUCAACCAUACUCAUAUUGCGUAGGACCGGGUUCAAAAAGGACAUCCAUUGGAUCGCGCCCACCCUGUCAGGCCUUGCGACAGGCUUCGGCAUCAUGAGCAUCUUCCUCCAAUGCCUCAACUAUCUCAUCGAUUCAUAUUUAAUGUUCGCGGCCUCUGCAAUCGCGGCCAACACGUUCUUGCGUUCGUUAGCAGGUGCAGGGUUUCCGUUGUUCGCCACGCAAAUGAUCCAGGGAAUGGGCGUAAGUGUUCGAGGUUCGCUGACUGUACGCGGAGAGCCAGAGCUGAUGUUUGAUAAUAGGUUAACUGGGCAGGCACUCUGCUCGGAUGUGUUGCACUUGUCUUGGUGCCGAUGCCAGUUGUCUUCUACUUGAAGGGCCACAAGAUCCGCGAAAAGAGCAAAUUUGCGCCAACGCUUCCCAUGGCCACGCAGGCUGCCAACGCUGCCGGGGAAGACAGUGAUCCAGAGAAGAACGAGUAG